UACUCCUCAGCACUUGCCCGUUUACGUCACUGGCUAUAGACCAGUGCGCCACGGUUCAGUUUAAUAGAAUGGUGUCACUGGCUCUCUAGACUAGGAUAUAAUAGUUUUCUCUUAUUGGUCGGCUCCCAACAUCGCCACCGGGAGAGUGUAUAAAAUGCAUCAUAGUCGCUCAAGAAGAGCAAGUCCAUCUCUGUUCUCUGGGUUGCAGAGCAGCCAGCCACAGCCAGAGCGAGCCAGCCAGCCAGCCAGCCUAGUUCCGCAAACAGUGUGAGAUCCAGAGGAGGCGAGAGAAAACACCUGUUUCGGAAGAAUCAAGUCGACAAAGCAGCCUCCACGUCUUCAACAGAGAAACACCCCCGUAUCUCACUUGCUGAAGCCCAGUGGGACCAUGUGGGUUCUGGACAAGAUCCGUGGGUCGGUAGAAACCACUGUACUCCGGAGGGGGGAGAAUGGAGACAAGGAUGGCAAUACUCCAGCCUACAGCAAUGUUCUCACCCCUGAUAAGAUCCCUGACUUCUUUAUUCCCCCCAAGCUGGUCUCCUGCCCCCCAGAGCCUGAGACCCUGGACGUCGUCAAGCCCAAGGAGGGCCUUUGGCUCUCGGCCUCUGAGCAGACCAUUGGCAGUAAGAAAAUCAGCAGUCCUCAAAGUCCUCGUCUGGUCGUCAAGCUGGCUGGGGACACCAAGAACCUGCUGAGGGCAGCAAACCGUCAUAUCAUCCAGAUAGAGAGCGCUGAUGAUGUGGUGGCAGGGGACACCAAUGCUGACCCUCAGUCUCAGACUGCAAUGUCACUGCCCUACGUCCCCAAGACCCAGACCUCCUAUGGUUUUGCCACUCUGAUGGAGAGCCCCCACACCCGCCGCAAGGAGUCGCUGUUUCACUGUGACCAGACCAGCCCCCUGACCUCCCCCAACUGCCAGCGGAAGGGGAAGAGCAGCGUCAGCGAGGGCAACCACCUCAACCCCCCUGUCUUCAACGCCUCUCACAACCCGUACCGCUACUUUAGUGGAGGGGAGAGUGACACCUGUUCCUCGGCUGAGUCCUCUCCCUUCAGCUCCCCGCUGCUCUCCCGCUCUGCCUCGCUGCUCAAGAUCUUCACACAUGAGACGCAGGCCAAGGUGGUGAAGGCCAAGAGCAAGUUUGCCCGCCACAGCUCCUUAUCCACAGACGAGUGCAGCUCGGCCGAGCCCAGUCCCAAUGUGCCGCGGCGUCUCCACUCCUCUUCCCUCCACGGUAGUGGGCCGUCGGACCAUGAGCACACCAUUAACCUGCAGAAUGGCGGCAGGGUGAGGCUAAGCGCCAACUACGAUGCAGGCACAGCUCGCCUGCGCAUCCGUGUUCUGGCUGCCGAAGAGCUAUACGACAAGGUGUACGACAUCAAGAGCAUCAACUGCUGCGUGUCGCUGUACCUGAACCCUGGCAAGCUGCAGAAACAGAGGAGCACUAUCAUCAAGAACAGCCGGAAUCCUGUGUUCAAUGAGGACUUCUUCUUUGACUCUGUGACCUCCGUGCAGGUGAAGAACCUGGCAGUGAAGAUCAAGGUGGUGAAUAAGGGCACCAGCCUGAAGAGAGACACUCUGCUCGGGGAGAGAGAGAUCUCUCUGGAGAAGCUGAUCCAUGACCUCUAGAUUUGUCCUGGAGAUACAGAACAGAACUUUGACUGACACUGAAUGAGACUAUGAAUGAUAAAGUGCAUGAAUGGAAGAGUAGUUGGUAUUGAUGUUUGCUUGGUGCCCCACAGAGAACUGUCUGAAAGGAGCAGUUCAUUUAUAGUCACUGACUGUUUGGUCUGGUCUAGCAGCUCGUCUCUUAGCUGGUCACCUCCUCAACCUUCUGUUCCCUGAGCCUGCAGCCCUGCACAGCCCAACUUCCAGAUCAUGUGGUGGACAAUCAAAUAUGGCACAGGUCAAAACUCUCUUGAUCUCAACGUUUUAUGUUGCAUAGUUGUAACUUAAUGCGACUCAUCCUCAGACGAUUCAGUGUUAAUUCAGUUCAGCACUACAACACUUUUAUGGAUCAGUGGGUCUACUAUAUCCUGAUUGUUGUUGCCAUCUACAGUACCACCUGGAGGGAGGACCAAUCUGUGGUUUGACCACAAUGUCCCAAACCUGGAGGAUAGAGAUCAGACAUCCCCGUAUGCAUCCUCAUCCGCUUGGCAUGAAUAUGUAAAUGCAGUUAUACAUUAGCAGUUUGUACAUCAGUUUCAUAACACUCACAAACCAUAGAGAGAGGGAGAAUGCAUGUCAUUUUAAAGGGUGUUUACCAAGUGGUUGAACUUGAUUUUAUACAUAAAUGUGGUAUUUGUGUGAGACAUGACUCAGUAUGGUGUAUGUGUGAUACAAGAUACAACAUUAUGACUUGUUUGUUAAUUGUCUAUUAUGUACUGCUCUCUGCUGGAGAGUGAAUGAUUGGCAGCCCCCCUGUGUAGACAAGCCACCAGAUGAGUAGACUGAGAAAGGCAAAAAAAAUAUAACAGUAACACAACAAUAUUUAAGGAUAGUAUUUGUUUCUGAAGAUGGAUAAAGGCUCAACACAUCGAUCAGUCGUUGAGAUAUGUAGUCAUUUAACCAUGUCAGACAUCACUGUUUUACAGUAUGUAGCCAGUGUUUUUGUGGGUUACAUUCCUGUUCGAACCUCGACUAUACAAAAGCGCUCCCCAGCACCAUUGCUUUUCUCCAAGCUUAUACUUUAUAAAACUCUUGUUGCUGUAUGUGUGAUCAUUUUGUUAUUGUGAAAAAUCAGUAUGAUACUAUAAAAUAAUUUAUUUGUGGGUGUUUACACUAUCUAUACCUGCUGUACAUGGGAGUGUGCUCACUGAAUUGUAACCAAUCCCUUUUUUGGCUUACAUCAGCAUGACUAAGAAACAUCAAUAUUGUCAGUAGAUUUGAUAAAACUUCAUUUUAGUAGACCGGGUCAAAAUGUAAGAAGGGCAUUUAUGAUGAAAAUUAAUUUAAGUCAAAAAGUGGGUAGUAUAUUUUUGGGACUGCCGAACAAGGCCUAUUUUUGUAAUUGAUUGUCUUUUUUAGUUUCUUAUAUACAGGACCAGUCUAAAAUUUGGACACCUACUCAUUCAAGGGUUGUUAUUUAUUUGUACUAUUUUCUACAUUGUAGAAUAAUAGUGAAGACAUCAACUAUGAAAUAACACAUAUGAG